AUGACGCGAUUUGUCUUUAACUUUGGAGGCGAGGGUCUGUCUUCUGAGAGAGAGACCCUGGCCAUCAAAGGGGAGGUCCUGUUAUCUUACUGGACCUCUGGCGAUGCAGCAACUGUUAUUGGAAAGUAUUUUCUGAAUUCUAAAUUGAUUUUUUUUUUUCCUGCAGAAUCUUUUAAUGGGUCCCCUACAAGCAGCAUAAAUUUGUCCUUAGAUGACCUUUCAAACGUCUCUUCUGAUGAGUCAGCCCAAUUACAUGCAUACAUUUCAGAUACUGUCUAUGCUGACUAUAACCCAUGUGCUGUGGCAGGAGUAUGCAACGACCACGGCAAGACAUAUGCACUGUAUGCGAUCACUGUACAUCGGAGAAAUCCAACUAAUGAAGAGAUAUGGAAAACGUAUCGUCGCUACAGUGACUUCCAUGACUUCCACAUGAGAAUAACUGAACAGUUUGAAAACCUAGCAAGUAUAUUAAAGCUUCCUGGCAAAAAGACAUUUAACAACAUGGACAGAGAAUUUUUAGAGAAGAGGAAAAAAGAUUUAAAUGCAUAUUUGCAGUUGUUGUUAAAUCCUGAAAUGAUGAAAGCUUCCCCAGCUUUAGCCCAUUGUGUGUAUGACUUUCUGGAGAAUAAAGCUUACAGCAAAGGAAAAGGAGAUUUUGCUCGAAAGAUGGACACAUUUGUAAAUCCAUUGCGUAACUCUAUGAGAAAUGUUUCAAAUGCAGUCAAGUCCCUGCCUGACAGCCUGGCAGAAGGGAUGACUAAAAUGUCAGACAACAUGGGCAAAAUGUCAGAAAGAUUGGGACAAGACAUAAAGCAAUCAUUUUUCAAGGUGCCUCCUUUAAUGCAGAAAACUGAUUCAGAUCCUGAACACUGCCGUGUUGCCGCACAGCUCGAUGACAAUGUGGAUGACAAUAUCCCUCUUAGAGUAAUGCUGCUUCUUAUGGAUGAAGUCUUUGAUUUAAAGGAGAGAAAUCAGUGGUUAAGAAGAAAUAUAAAAAAUCUACUUCAACAGCUUAUUAGAGCAACAUAUGGAGACACAAUCAAUAGAAAAAUAGUUGAUCACGUUGACUCGAUGACGUCUCCUGAGCAAGUAGCAGAUGCAGUGAAACGCUUCAGAGAUGCCUUUUGGCCCAAUGGCAUUUUAGCAGAAACUGUUCCACGUAGAGACAAAGAUAUUAGAAUGCGAACAAGAGUGGCAGGGAAAACUAAACUACUGGAGAUAAUGCCAGAUGAACUGAAGCACAUCAUAGGUGCUGAGACAACACGGAAAGGCAUUCUUCGGGUCUUUGAAAUGUUUCAGCACACUCAAUUAAAUAAGAGAAUGGUAUAUGUCUUUCUGGAGGGCUUCCUGGAAACCUUAUUUCCACAAUAUAAAUUCCAUGAGCUCUUCAGCAAACUGCAUUCACGGUCAGAGCAGAUGCAAAGAUACAAGCAGAGACUACAAUCUACUCAAGCGCCUUUCUUACAGAAAAGGUGACACUCCAAACUAUUAAGCUGGUGUUUCGUCCAGGACUAGUGGCAAAGGCAUAUUCUCUGGGGCUUAAAACUCACAUGCUGUUGUUUCUGCACCAGUCUUUUAGUGUCACAUACUAGAUUAUUAAUACAUCCAUAAGACCUGUGGAUCUUUUCAUCCUCACUUAUAUUGCAACCACUACCACAAACGGAUUUGUGUUUCAAAUGAUUUGAUGCAUCUUCAUGCAACAUUGAGAAGAAUAUUGGCCGGUUAUGUAAGGAGUAUCAGUUUCUUCCAUUCCUAACUGAAUCGGUGAUUGCAAGCAAUGAAACGUGCCAGGCUGUAUUUGCUGAGGGCUAAGCAAAGCACAACUAUAGUGACAAUGAGGGAUUUGGCUAGUUUACCACUGGGAGAUUGUGCAAUGUGUGAGAAUCAAGUGGGGUUUGUUUUGCAUUAUGAUUGUUGAGGCAUUGUGGGUCUUGAUCAGCAUUCGUGUAAAGGUUCAGCUAACAGAAAUAGAAGUCUUUGGUACAGCUGGUUCUGGAAAAAAAGCGUUACAGUGUGUCCCAAAAAGUACAUUCACUAAGUAGAGGUUGAGCUAACGUGGCUUUUACACCUCAAUUAACUUCACCUUCGUUUAUUUUGAAAAAAUAAACUAACAUUGUACCUUGGUUGGUUUUGUUAUUCAGUGGUGCAAGGCAAAGGUGCAGUAGAAAAUAAUGGACCCUUUAUUCUGAUGAAUUUGUAACUUGAAGGGCCCUCUUCUGUUCUUAUGGCACAUUGCACACACUUUGCAUGCAAUUUAAAUGGAAAAGGUGCAUACAAUAUUGAAAUUGUGCAAUUGGUAUAAUCUUUGAAGCAUAUCUCAAGUAGGGUGGCAGUGACAGAAGGAUGGGAUACAUGCUCCAAGCAAGAUAGACACCACACUAGAAGAGUAGAAAUGUGUAGUGAAAAAAGCAAGUUACACACUACUUUUCCCGAUAAAACUAAGAAUUGUUUUUAAAAGCCCACUGUACUUCAUUUAAAAUAGCCCUAGGAUAGCUAUGUACCCCUCACAUGAAAAGUUGCUAGAAUUUUUUGGUGCCUGACUUACACAAGAUUCCUCUAGAGACUUCAUUAAACAGUCGUGUGCAAACAUUUCGAAACUCCUGAAUGCAUCACAAUGUAUAUAUGAAAAUAGAAAAAGGAAACACAACUACAAUAUUUUUUUAAAUAACUGUCUUUUUUAUUUUUUGCGUAAUGUAAAAUUUUAAUAAAUAAACCUAUUCUACACAAAGGCCCCAAGUCUAUCCAUUUACUUCCAUAAAAAUUAAUGUCUGAUCAAGAAUAAAGAUUAAUUACACUUAUUUGGCCUUAGUAUAUGGCAGAGUUUGCAUCCUCCUAUUUGGACUCCCCUUCUGUCUUGAGCUCCACCAUCUAGGGCAAAGGAUGGGAACCAUACACUCUCCAUUGUCUAUUUUCCAUUUUUUAAAAUGUUAAAAAAUAUUUUCUAAAUACUAAUCUUUUAAAUAGGAUAUUUAAUGGAUCACUGAACCAAGGUUCUCAGGUAGCAACUCACGCCCAGAUGAGAACAAAAGAUAGUUCCAUUGUCUGAGGGAUGGAGAAGGGGACUUUUAUGGGAGCAUUCGGAGGGGAGGAUCCAAACAGGCCCUCAAGGGUUGGAUCUGGAAUCAGAACAGAUCAAGUUUCCGUACUGAUUUUCUUUUUGCUCUUAGAUUCCAAUCAGAUAUUUUUUUCAUCGUAUUUCUCUUGUAGUGGGUAUCACUGACAUUUGUCCUAUGGUAUACAUGUGCUCAAGUGCACUUGUUUUUCUUUUUUGCAGAUCUACAUACUGUAAAUUAAGUCCCUUCCCUUAUGAUUUCCAGGAAGGCAAAGACAGCACAUGUGGAAGAUUCCUUCCCCAUUGCCCCAUCUAUGUAUAUUUCCCCAGGUUCUAAAGAAACAUAGUAAUUAAGUGCUGUUGGAAUUAACCAUUUUUCCUCACAUUUUUAUAUAAGGUAAUAGAUUUGGUCAUGAUUGAAAUUCCUAUUGCUUACAUGUCAGUCUAAAUCUUAUCCCUAUGUCAGUAUGCAUCAGCAUACUUGAAAUCUGAAGGACAAGAUAUCAUUCAGGCUUUGUGUUUGGUGGUCCACAUGAUACAUCAGCUAUUGGAAGGUGAUGUACGUAAAUACAGACUAGAAAAGAGAACUAAAAAAUUAUAUAACCAUACCAAAUUGUAUUUUUGAGUUACAUUUGUAAAUCACUUAAUUAUAUAUAGUGCUUUGAAAUCAGAAAGAUAAUAUGGUAGUCCGUGAAAUUUGUGGUGCCUCUUCUCUAUAGGCUCCCAGGCUAGACUUCUGGAAGAACAAUGGUCAUGCUCAUAUUGUAGGAGAUUUUACAAUUACUUGGUACAUACAUCUGCAGGAACACAAAUUGUACAUUAUGUACCAGGCUUAACAAAGUCAUUACACUUAAUGCACUUACUGCAUAUAUAUAUAUACACACACACACACACACACACACACACACACGGCUUUGGUCUUCUGCUAUUUUAUUUCAGAAUGUGGUUCUUAACUGUAGGCAGGAACCAUCAAAGAUAAAUAAUUUUUAUCAAUGUUUGUGUGUUGUUUAAAUGGUUCACAAGUUGACCAUUUAAAAUAAUCAACCCUGCCAAUCUGUGUGAUAUAUUACCCUGUAAAUGCCCCAAAAUUGAAUGUUAAAAUACAGCACUUAACUGGCUAGGUCUAUCUCCUAGCAUUUGCGUGAUGCUACUAGCCGCUGAAAAUAAUUGUGCCAUUGUCCAACAAAUGCACUUAUUUUAGCCUUAAUUAUUUUUAAGAGAAAAUGAACAGUUGAACAUUUCAGUUAUUUCAUCUUAAGCUUCUGUUGCUGGUGUUUGCUUGAACAAAACAGUUAACCUUAAUGCUACCAGAAUGUGUACCAAAUUUUUUAAGUAAAAAAAGAUUCCACAAUCUAAAUUUUAAUUUAGUGCAAUAUUUUCAUUUAACGCAUGUGUAUUUGAAUAAUUGUAAAAUAAAUGCAUUUUUAAUGUU